AUGGGUACAGAUUUCCAACCAACCCGGGAGAGCACACCCCCUCCGAAUGUGAGCUACCAGCAAUCGGUGCUCGGUCUUGCCCCCAAUGUACAUCCUCUUAAAUCCCAUAAGAACCCCUUCCCCUUCAUUCUUCGCGCCGCAGCCGUAUACCCGGACAAACUUGCCAUUGCUCAUCCUGACGUGAAACAUCCUGCGUUCUAUACCUAUGCCGUUUGGGCUCAGCGCAUUCAGAAUAUGGCAUAUGCUCUUAUACAAGCAGGCAUCCGCCCAGGUGACCGCGUUGCAGUUAUAACGCCCAACUGGUCUCAUACAUUCUGGAACAUAGUGGAUCCAAACUUAUCCUCAUUGAUCGCGACUUCACGCAUCUCAUUGAGAAUAUUAAUAUUCCUACGGUUGUUUGUCAUGACACAGGCAGAGCUAGGCGACCCAUAUGAAAGCUUCCUUAGUGCCGGCAGAGUAUUCAGUGCAGAAAAGGGGUGGGCUGGCUUGGACGUUGAGCCGGACGAGAAUGCCGGUGCAGUUUUAUGCUACACGUCGGGAACUACAGGUCGUCCAAAGGGCGUCCUCACCACGCUACGUGGCUCUUACUUGGCAGCAAUAGGGAAUGUUGUUGAGGGACAGAUAAGUCGUGAGUCGACGUACUUGUGGAUUCUUCCAAUGUUCCAUGCAGCUGGUUGGACAUACCCAUGGGCAAAUGUCUUCGCAUGCGCGACACAGAUAACUAUGCGCUCUGUUGAUUACCCACUUAUCUGGAAGCACUUCCUGGAUUCCGGGGUAACUCACUAUUGUGGUGCACCCACUGUCCAGAUUGGAAUUGUGAACGACCCCGCUGCUAGACCUCUUCCUCGUACUAUAUCCGCAGUUAUUGCAGGGGCCGCACCCACUGCUCACCUCAUCAGCCAACUCGAGCAAAAGGGAAUCAAGCCUGUACAUGUAUACGGUUUGACUGAGACGUAUGGACCCUUUACGCGUUGUUAUGACCAACCUCACUGGAAGACGCUUACUUUGGAACAACGUGCGAAGCUGAUGGCUCGACAAGGUCAAAGCUUCGCCACCGCACAAGAUGCACGCGUAGUAUAUCCUCCACAAGACGAAAACGACGAAGAACUCCGUGACGUUCCGAAAGACGGACGCACGGUGGGUGAGGUUCUCAUGCGCGGAAACAUCGUCAUGAAGGAGUAUUUCCGCGACCCAGAAGCCACGCGUAAGGCUUUUCAGGGGCGCCACUUUCACUCAGGUGAUCUAGCCGUCUGGCAUCCCGAUGGUGUCAUUCAGGUCGUUGACCGAAGCAAAGACCUGAUUAUCUCUGGAGGCGAGGUGAAUAAUUAUCCUUGCGAGCUUUCGAGUCACCCGCAUGUUUUAGAGGUAUCUGUCGUCGCCCGCUCGCACCCCAAAUGGGGUGAGCGUCCCAUGGCAUUCGUCGUUCUUCGCCCGGAGCACGCCGCCAAGUGGAAAGACAAUCAUGGCGGCUUCGCUACUGAGCUGAUCCGCCACGCUCGAACACUUUUACCCGGCUUUGCGUGCCCAGAAUGGGUGCAAAUGGUGGACGAAUUACCCGUCAGUCAGAUGCAUAACAUCCACAUCUCGAAAACAUCCACGGGGAAGAUCCUCAAGACCAACCUUCGCAAAGUCGUGGCUAAACUGUGA